UCCGACCGCAUAAAGAGUGUCUGCAAACGGUCAGUGUUUUUGUUGACUUGACGGAAGUCCGAAAUGUUUACUUGUUUAUUGUUAAAUUUAUUUAAAUCAUUUUAUAACAAAUUAUUGUAGUUGAUUUACAUUUUGAUUUUGCAUUCUACCCGUGUUCUAUGAAAUCGCUCAAAAACGUAAUUAGGUGCAUAGUAGUUAUAAGACUAAGAUCAUGCCUCUCUUCCAAAUUAAAACAGAUGGUAUUUGCUCAAAAUUGUUAAAGUAUCGUAACGCUUGAAGAUAUUUUUUUCAAGCAUGUGGUUCAAGGUUCGAUUAAGAAGCUUGAGUACUUUCCGAAUUCGGCAACUAUUAUGUUGCCACAUUUUAUUGUGGCUGCCCAUUUUUUGUAUAGUGACUUUUCCUUCAUCUUGUGCACAAAAUCUUUCUUCAUCUGGUCAUUAUUAUAUAGAUUUUUCAUCAGAAGUAGUAGAUAAUGAAUUCAUUGUGAGUUUUAAGAAAUUUUAUAAUCAAGAUACAAGACUAAAGUUUAUCAGGACAGCUUUGCAUCGCUUUGGCUCAGACAGCUGGCAAAUUUUACCUCGUAACAAUCCUGCCAGCAAUUUUCCUAGUGAUUUUGAAGUUUUGCAGAUUCAAGAGAAUGCUAUUGAUGAAGGUACUAAGGCCCUGAGAAGACACAAUAGUAUCAAGCAUGUGACUCCUCAGCGAAAAGUUACUCGUACUCUAAAUAAUUUUGAUGGAAAAAAUGACUUGUGGAAUGCUGAAUCGGGAAGAAUUAAUGAAAGUUGUUAUCUGAAGUGGUAUUCAUCUAGACCAUUUGCCAAACGAACUAGUCUUUCAUUGGGUUCAUCUUUGUGGGAAACAGCAGGAAAUUUUGUUCGGAGACGGCUUAUGAGAGUAUUGCCACGUCAAAUCACUAAUAUUUUACAAGCUGAUGUUUUAUGGAAUAUAGGAGUGAGAGGGGCUGGUGUUAAGGUUGCAGUAUUUGAUACUGGAUUAGUUAAAAAUCACCCACACUUCAAGAAAAUUAAAGAACGUACAAACUGGACUAAUGAGAAAACAUUAGAUGAUGGUUUAGGCCAUGGAACAUUUGUUGCCGGUGUGAUUGCAAGUAAUCGAGAAUGUUUGGGGUUUGCCCCAGAUUCUGAACUUCAUAUUUAUAGAGUUUUCACAAAUAAUCAGGUUUCAUAUACAUCAUGGUUUUUAGAUGCUUUUAACUAUGCUAUUCUUAAGAAAAUAAAUGUCUUAAACUUGAGUAUUGGAGGACCUGAUUUUAUGGAUCAUCCAUUUGUUGAUAAAGUGUGGGAACUUACAGCUAAUAAUGUCAUUAUGGUAUCUGCAAUUGGAAAUGACGGACCACUUUAUGGCACAUUAAAUAAUCCUGCGGAUCAAAUGGAUGUUAUUGGUGUUGGGGGCAUUAAUUUUGAAGAUCAAAUUGCACGUUUUUCUUCCAGAGGCAUGACCACAUGGGAACUUCCGGCUGGAUAUGGCAGAGUAAAGCCUGACAUUGUGACUUAUGGUUCAGCUGUCCGUGGUUCCAGUAUAAAAGGAGGUUGCCGUUCUCUUUCUGGGACUAGUGUUGCUUCACCUGUUGUUGCUGGUGCUGUUACUUUGCUUAUGAGUGGAGUUCUACACUUAGGAGGGGCUAUAAAUCCUGCAAGUAUGAAACAAGCUCUAAUGGCUUCAGCACGCCGUUUACCCAAUGUCCCUAUCUUUGAACAAGGUUGGGGAAAAUUAGAUCUUGUUAGAGCCUACCAAGCCCUUAGAAGCUAUAGACCCCAAGCUACUCUUAGUCCAAGCUACUUAGACCUUACAGAAUGUCCUUACAUGUGGCCAUAUUGUUCUCAGCCCUUAUACUAUGGUGGCCUAUCAACAAUUGUAAAUGUUACAAUACUGAAUGGUAUGGGGGUAUCUGGCAAAAUUAUCGGAAAACCCCAGUGGCAUCCAUAUACCCCACAAUAUGGCCAUCAUUUAGAGGUAGCACUCUCCUAUUCAGAUAUUUUAUGGCCCUGGUCUGGUUAUAUAGCUGUGCAUAUAACAGUUUCUUCUCUGGCCGCUAAUUGGGAAGGUAUUGCUCAAGGUCACAUUUCAUUCACAGUGGAAUCACCACCCGAGGAAGGGGAAACAGAAAAUAGGCGCUCCCAUAUUAAACUGCCACUGAAAGUCAAAAUUAUACCUACUCCACCAAGAAGGAAUGGUGAUCAUAUUCAUACUAAUUUUAAAGAUAUGUAUCAGCAUUUAAGGCACAAUGGUUAUUAUGUUGAAGUUUUAGGAUCUCCUUUCACUUGCUUUGAUGCCCAGCAAUAUGGUGCUUUGUUACUUGUUGACAGUGAGGAAGAAUUUUUUCCAGAGGAGGUUUCAAAAUUAAUUAAAGAUAUAGAUGGUGGUCUCUCACUUGUAGUGUUUGCUGAUUGGUACAACGUUUCUGUGAUGAAGAAAGUCAAAUUUUAUGACGAAAAUACGAGGCAGUGGUGGAUGCCUGAUACUGGGGGAGCCAAUAUACCAGCUUUAAAUGAUCUUCUCUCGCCCUGGGAAAUGGCAUUCAGUGAUGAAGUAUAUGAAGGAGAUUUUACUUUAGGUCAUCAUGAAAUGUAUUAUGCUUCUGGAACUAGUUUAGCUCGUUUUCCCUCUAAUGGAAUGGUUAUCACACAAACUCUUAAUAAUCAAGGUAUGGAAGUUUUAAAAGGCCAGGCAGAUCGAAUAGAAAAAGUCCCUGUGCUUGGAUUGCAUCAGACUUCUCACCAUGCAAAUUCUGGUCGUAUUGUUGUUUAUGGAGAUUCUAAUUGUUUAGAUACUGCUCAUAUGCAAAAAGACUGUUUUUGGCUGCUAGAUGCUCUUCUGCAAUAUGCUACCACGAAAUAUGUUCCACCUCUGUUUGAGGAAUUGAAGUCAAGUGUUGUUUUAGAUGCCAAAGAUUUACCUCAAAGAAUGGAAGGAAAUCACCUCUAUCGAUAUUCAAAAGUAUUGGAGCAUCAUCUUGGUACCCCUCACACGCGUCCAUUACCGGCCUGUCCUAGGCUUAGCUGGGUUCGCCCAGAACCUUUAAACAAAUCUGGACCUAGCACAUUAUACAAAGCACAGAAGUUAUUAUCGGUGAAUCUAGAUGCUCCGUUUCCCUUUCGGCCGGGACCCGAGCAGCAGAUGUCUAAACUUCCAUGGGAUAAUCCUCAAAUAGUUAAAAGUGAAUCUUGGCUUUUGCCUGGGGGUACUAGUUUCAAGAAAACUUGCCACACUGUCAGUCGUUGUAGAAAACUAGCAUUUCCCUACUUUUCGAAGAGCCCUGAUAUUCUUGAAGUUAGAUGCAACAUUGAAGUACAUGAAUUAAUUCAGCAGGAAGAGGCACCCUCUGGUGCCAUCAACAGUAAUUAUUCUCACCGCAGUGUAAUUUCUAGUAGCUUUUCAAAAUCAUUUGUAAAUGAAAUGGCACCUCUCGCUGAAGGAAUGUCAAGUUCAUUUUUAUCGAUGUACAUGGAAUCGGAUACUGAGUUUAAGUUUAGCAGAAUCUCUGACCACCAUAUUGAAAUUCACUUCGACUUCACCAACCACGAUCAGGUCGAUCGUUGUUUUCAAUCGCCAUCCCUAAAUGUUUUUGUUCCUAAUGUGAAAGAAAGUGUGUGUUAUGUCUUGUGAUUAUGAUUAAAAACGUUUAUCAAAUGAUUGCUUUUUAGGUGAACUUUUUUUUUUUAAUUUUCGUGUUUUCCCCCCUGAAUAUCUGUUUAAUCAAAACAAAUUUUCGUAUUUAACCUUUUCUCAUCCAAUUUGCUUUUGAGUUUUAUUCAAGCUAUUGUUUUCCUUAUUUAGAAUGUCCAGUAUUUAGAAUGAUAUGGAGUAGAAAACAAAAUAACUUCAUAGAGAGGUAAUUCGAAGUUUAAAUAAGUGAAAAUCGUAAAUAAGCUUUAAUUCUCAAAUGAUUGAAACUCAUUGAUUUUAUCUAUCGUUAUAAAUAUAUUUAGCUCAAUUCUUGUUUCUCCAUUUAAUUGACUGUAUAAAAUCUUACGAAUGGUAAGAUUUCAUUUUAUAACUGGAGUUGAACAACCAAACCCAAUUUAUGGUUUACAAUUCUCAACAUUCAGCUCCGUAGCCUUGUAAUGUAGAACCCUAUCAAGAUGAAAAUGGAAUUCUUCGGGGCACUGUUUUGUUGGAGCUGUCUUUGCGUUACGUUGAGUUGAAAACCACAAAAAUCUCCCAUGAUUAGCCUGACAGCAAGGGUAUACUAAUCCAUGGUCACCAAGAGCAGUGGGUUGGUGCUAGCCUGCCACAGUUUCUAAACCUCCCACACAAACGCAAUAUUGGGUGAGGGAAAUACCAAAAAUGUUUCAUAUUUUUUCUGGUUUUGGGAAGCUUGUUAUUGUUUAGACUUGGUUAUCCAUAUAUAAUAUCAGCAAAUGAAAAUUAGCUAAUAGUUUUUCUUUCAUAAACAUAUAUUGUUUUUGCAUACUGUGAUGGUCUUGUGGUUCAAUUCAUAAUUUAUGUUGUAUAUGGCCGUAGUUAUUUUUUGUAUAAUUGAAGAUUGUGUAUUCAAUCACAAUAGUUUGUUUAAUAAAUACUACAAUGUAGGUAAUUCGUUGCAAAAACCAUAUUGAAAAAGCAGCAUUGACAAAUAGUUGAACUUUUAACCGUUUAAAAUCAAGCUCAAUUUGGGUUUUUAACAGGAAACUCAACAUAGUUAGUUCGUAUGAAAAAUCAGUUUUCACGCUAUUUCAUUUAAUAGAGAAAUUGUGUUUGACAAGUAAAUUUUAUAUACUCUCAGGCUAAUGCAGGAACUUCUCUUGACAACAGACUCAUAGUUACUGUGGUUAGUAUCAGUCACUUUGGAUAGGGGUGUGAGGGUGUAGGGUAGAGUCAAGAAAUUGUUUUAAUCUUGUUUUCAUUGUAUCAGACUUUCUGUUGGGUUACAGUGCAGUACAAAUGUACUUAUAUAGCAAAGCACUUAAAAGGGUCCUCUCUCAAAAUAGAAAAGCGAAUUUAAGAGAAUCCAACAUAGUUGUAUUGCUUAAAAGCAAUGUUUGGUGAGAAAAGGUCAUUAAAAAAUUUAUGUUAAGUCAAUUUUAAAUUUCUGAUUAAGGUUUAAAAUAUUUUUAUUAUAAAUUUUGUUCUUUACCAGUUGUUAUGUUCAUUUGAUAUUUCUCAGUGUAUAAUUUGAAAGAAUAACUUAUGUAUUUUGUGAUUUCAUACUUAUCCUUUUUGUUAGUAAUUUAUUAAUUAAUAUUAUAAUUUUGUUGAAUAUGUUUUUUCCUUUUAUAACUGUGUCUAAUGAAACCGAAACAGAUAUUAAUUACAAUGAAUGUGCUGUACUGUUCGAUUCCUAAUUUGAGUUGAAAAUGGAAUGAAUUGCUUGAAACUUAAUCACAUUUUAAUCUUUAAUGACUUAUAUUUUCUAAUGGAUCAUGUUUAAAAAUGUUAUUUUGUUAGGCAAGUAAACACUGUGAUCAUGUUAAUCAUAAACUUAGUUUUAAGUUUUAAAUAUUAAAGUCACAAUUACUUAAUUUCCUUCUUUUUUUUAAAAAAAAAUUAUUAAUUUAUUUUAUUUACACUGUUUUUCUAGACUAUGAAGUAUCAUUUAAUUAUCAUCUAUUUGAAAUUAAGAAAAAACCAUAAUUUUUUCCAAAUUUAAGGAAGUUUUUUUUUAUAUUCUAAAACUAAUUUAAAGUAUUUAUUUACAGCUUAUGUAAUCAGUAUAAUUUUUAUUACAAAACUAACUUAGAAAUUCACAGAUGUUUCGAUGAUAAUGCUUUCAUAGCUGCCAAGUUUUUUGAUUUUAUUCGAAAAUUUUUCUUUAGUACUUAAGGUGGUGUUAAAAAAGCAAUAUAAGUUGAUUUUUUUUAAAUAUAGCUUGCUCAUAAGACAUUAAUUUAAAACCUUCAAAUGUCUAUGUAUGCUAUGUAUGUCCAAAAAAUAUGGAAGCUGUCAAAAGCACUAUUGAUCAAUAAAAAAAGUAAAAACGCACUUAAUAUGUUAUGGAAGAUGUGGUCAGUGAUAUCCAACAUAACUCCCAACACUAACCCUUGGGGUGGGGCAGACAUUAACUUAAAAAUCUCAAUAUUAACCCCCGUUUUAUUGCAGAUAUUGAUUCUCAUAAAAAAGUAUUCCAGUUUGAAUUAUGGGUUUUUGGUUCAUGAAAAUGGGAUACAUAAGGGAAAGUUGGGUAAUACCAUGGGGUAUUAGUUCAAAAACCUGUUGAAGCUGAACUGUUCGACCAAGAAACUAUCCGACUUAAUCAAGAUUCAUUGUUUUGUUGUAUAUAAUAUAUUAUUUCUGAAAAGUCAUUUAUGUGUGAUUUUUUUUCUAGAAAAAGUCAAGUCCUACUAAUGAGGUAAAACUGGGUUCAGAUGUUAAAUUUAUGGGAAAUUUAGAAGUUUUAGAAUUUCAACGAAAAAGUUGCUGACAUUUCUGUUUUACAUGACAAUUUAAGAUAAUUAUUCAUGUAAUUUACAUGUAAAGUUGAUGCAGUUAGGGCCAAGGAGGGGAAAGAGAGACAAUUGUCCUGAGGCUGCUGAGGAUCCAGAGCAGAACUCUCUACCUAUGGCAACACUUCUCAUGAUUUAACCAUUAGCGUGUGGAUAGUCUUAGGAGAAGGAAGUACGUUAGUUUCUGUCUUGAUCUUCAAACAGAUUAAAAUGUUUGAGUUAUCAUACUAUAUGCAACUCAAAACUGCAUUAAACGUAGUUCUUGACGAAGAAGAAAGUUUAGAAAGUGUUUUUGACAGUUGCAUGCGAAAAUUGUUAUGGAAGGGAAAAAUUUAUAAUACAUUUCCAUAGAACUGAGCAGAAAGGGCUUCUCCGCAGGUGGCUUAUUGGAGUGUUGCUAGCGCGAAUUAGGAUGAAAUACUAUGCUGUUUUGUGACAAAAGCGCGAACCAAAAUAGCCUUUGAUUGCUUGUCUAAGGAAUCACUGAUAAUUAUUUAUUGUGGUUCGAGUUAAAUUUUAAUAGGUUCGGGCAGCGUUUUAUUUCGAAUCCUGACUUUAUGUUUCAAAAAUAUUUUAAACUGUUUUCAGAUUUUUGAUUCGGUGCGUAUUUUACUACAUACUUUUUUUAAAUUUUUGAUCACAGUGUUUUUCUCAGAAUUACUUAUACAUAUUGUGGCAUUCUUUUUAAAUUACAUUUAUUAAAUAAAUUAAAUAAAUAUUAAAAUUAUCAUUUUGUUAAUACUAGAAAAAAUCCUCUGGCUUAAAUAAAAAAUUUGACUGCUGUGCACUUUUUACCUAUUUCUGAGUGGCAAGUUUGUUCAUCACGUAAAUUAAUAAGUUUAAGAACCAGAAUACUGGUUUUUAAUCUAAUUUACUUUUGUUUCCUAGCAUUGAAAACUACCUAAAAUUGUUUAAUUUGUUUUAUUAUGUAUAUUUAUUAGUUUAUCAUUUGAGGCCUCUUAUUUUGUUUGACUUAGUGAUGAUAUUUUAAUUGUAGCUUUUAAUUAUUGUUUCCUACUUACAAAAUAAAUCAUUAUUUAUGAAAUUUACAAUUCUAUUGUUUUAUACAUACUUAUAAGUAAGUUUAUUGUAUGUGAUUACUUUGCAGUUUAUGAGCUGUGUAUACUUAUUUUUUAUUAUUAAUUGUAUGAAAUAUAAAAAAAAAAUUUUUUUCAACUUUU